UGUUUGGAGAUUAUGGAGGUGAAGUGUCAGUGAUGGAGGGAGAUUCUGUCACUCUAAACAUUGAUUUUAGAUGGCGAUUUGAUCAAAUAAAGUGGUGGUUUAGAUAUUCAAACUCAAUCAUUGCUGAAACUGAUGGAAAUGAGACCUCAUAUACUAAUGAUGAGAGAUUCAGAGGCAGACUGAAGCUGAAUAAUCAGACCGGAUCUCUGACCUUCAACAACAUGAGAAUCACAGACUCUGGAGUUUAUCAACCAGAGAUCCAUCACAUCUUUGGGCGCUCAUAUUACACAUUCACUAUUACUGUCCAUGUGUUUGGAGCUGAUGAGAUGGAGUGAAGAGAGAGUCAGUGAUGGAGGGAGAUUCUGUUACUCCAGGCCCUCGUUUAAGAGAGAAAUUUGAUCGUAUAAAGUGGAGGCUUGGAGGUUCAGGCUCAAUUAUUGCUGAAAUUGAUAGUAAUGAGAUCUCAUAUCCCCUCAAUGACACCAAGAGAUUCAGAGACAGACUGAAGAUGAAUAAUCAGACUGGAUCUCUGAUCAUCAAGAACAUGACAAUCACAGACUCUGGAGUUUAUGAACUAGAGAUGUAUCAUUGGAAGCCAUAUAGGGAACCAAAAAUUGUUGUCUGUGGAUACGGUCUAUUAUACAGACUACGUGAAAUGGCAGGUGAAUUAGCAGCAAUAGCUGUUGUCGUUCUGCUGGUGUUAGCUGGUGUUAUCUAUUGCUGUAAGAGCUCUAAACGAGGAAGGCAAAACCGAGAAUCUGUCACUGAUGCUGAAAAACAAAAAACCACAGAUUCUGGAGAUUAUAAACUACAGAUCGAACCCUGCAGCGAAGGUUUCACAGGAAAAAAUGCAAAUGAAUCGACUUCAGAGAUUCCGCUGUUGAGUAAAGAAGAUCCGGAGAGAGCAAGAGUUCAGCCCACAACUUAGUGCAUCAUGAAAACAUUUAGUUAAUGGCGCUAUGGAGCCAUGUGCUUUUUAAACUGUUUUAAUAGGUUUAACGUUACAUUAUCAGCUCUGAAAAUACACUCAUUUGAUUAGAAACACUGGAGAGUGGAAAUGUAAAGCAUCCUUCCUGUUACAAGUCAGGUCAAGUCACCUUUAUUUAUGCAGCUCCACACACAACAAACUGACAGCUUUCUAUCAGAACCAGCAUUAACUUCUGGAGCAUAAGGUAAGCUAUAGCCUAAUAUUAACCUAAUUAUAAAAAAAAAUUAAAAAACACUGCAAAUUUUUCACAAAUUUCUGGAAAUUACCACUUAAUCACAAAAAUAUAUAGUUAAAUCCUGAGUUACUGGCUAAUAGAUCAAGAUUGUUCUGGUGUGUAUGAUGUUUGAAACUUUGAUCUACAUUAAUUAUUUAAACAAUUAUACUGUUCAAAAGGCUCUUUUAAUGUUCUCUACGACGAAUCGAAACCUGCAACGUCAUCACAGAUCACGUGCCAAGGGAGCAGAUGCAGUGAACGCAGUUACCACGAUUAAUCUGCUCAAUCUCACAUUGGUCAACAGCAUCCUUAGUUUACUGAUGUUAUACUGUGUGCGUACAUACAAAGUAAGUGUGUUUUGUUUGUUCUUUCGUUUAAUUUUCCAGUUGUUCUCAUGCCGUGAUUCAGAUGCGUCUCGCACCAUGUGAUUGCAUAUUUACUGCAUUAUACUCAAUUGUGCUGCACGUCUAUUUCCUUGAUGUUAACUUGAAACUACUAUAAUUAAUCUGUGAUUCCAUGCGAAAUAUGUUAAUGUUAUAGCGUGCUUAUUUUCGUGAUUAAGUGCCUGUUUAUCAUAGUUUGAAUGCACGCAGUUGCCAACAAUGCGCAUAUCUUGUGGACUUACGCGGAAUAUCCUGUAUUUACGUGAUUUAAAUUGUAUUGAAAUGCUUAAGUUGUAGCUAAAUUUAUAUCUGUAAAGAUUUCUAUUGUAUGAUGAUUGUACCUGUAAAUGUAUCACUAAUGUAAAGUUAUUUCUGUAUUUCAUUACAGAACCACACACCCAGCGCUAGCAAUUUUGGGCCCUAUGAAAGAAUUUGAGGUUGGGGCCCCUACCGCACGAAACAUACAAGUCAGCCUAGCUAUCCAAAAUCUUUGUCUGCAAUUUAAUAAUAAUGACCUAUUACUUUUGCUAUUGCUUUUGACCACUAGGUAUCAGUAUUUAGUCAGAGACCAAAGCAAUAAUAAAAAAAUAAAACCAUCUCGAGAUUAAAGUUGUUAAAUUUUGAGAAAAAGGUCGAGAUAAAAUGUUGAGAAUAAAGUCAUUAAAUUACGAGAAAAAAGCCGUUAAAUUAUGAGA